AUGUCGUGGAUGAUGAUAUUUCAGUCUAUCUUAAUAGAAAUGACGAUUAAGCUCAUAGCCAAGCCCUUGAAGAUAAUAGGGUCCAUAUUAGAGUAUCUUCUUAAUUCCAAUGCUCAAAAAGACAGUAAAAAUUAUUACUCUGUUGUCGGACUUUUAGACCCUAGGUUAAAUCUCGACAAAAAAAUAAAGCAUGGAGAUGGGAGAUACUAUCCUGCACUUUCAGUGAUGGCAUCUAAGUUGGCUUACGAGAAUAAAGCUGUUAUCCAAACAACAAUUUGUCAACGCUGGAAGAUGGAGUUCGUGGGCUAUUACAUAUUUUACAAUGAGUUCCAACAUAAACCAACAACACAAGCUUUCAUCUUUCGAGAGGAAAAUGUUGAUGGGGAUGUGAUAGUGGUGGCUUUUAAGGGUACCUCACCUUUUUUAGCAGAUGAACUGAGCACUGAUUUCAAUAUCUCACCUAUUGAAAUUGAGGGAUUGGGAAAAACUCAUUUAGGUUACAUGUUAGCUUUGGGUCUUAAUAAAUACACUCGUCAAGAUGAUAAUUACCUUGGAGAGUUUUGUGGUUAUUGGCCUAAACAAAUAGAACAAGACCCUAAACACCCUCUUGCUUAUUAUACAAUUAGAGAAAAACUCAAAGAAAUUCUAGCAACUAAUCAAAAUGCAAAAUUCAUUAUGACGGGAUACAGUUAUGGUGGUGCACUUGCAAUUCUGUUUCCUGCAGUGUUAUCUUUGCAUGGAGAGGUGGAGUUGUUAGAUAAGAUGGAGGGAAUUUAUACUUAUGGCCAACCAAGAGUUGGAAAUGGAACUUUUGGUCAGUUUAUGAAAAAGAAGUUAAGAGAACAUGGUAUAAAGUACUACAGAAUUGUUUAUGGCUGUGAUGUUGUGCCUAAGUUUCCUCCGCGAGGUCACGCCACAAUGUCGUUCAAGCACUUUGGGCCAAGCAUCCACUUUAACAGCUUAUACCAAGGAAAGAUAGUUGAAGAUGAGAUCAGUAAGGGAGAAAAGAUAAUGAAAUUAUUCUACUAUGUGAUACUAGCAAGGCUAAAUGCAGUGUGGGAGCUGAUAAGAGGAUUUAUCAUCGGAUAUAUCAAAGGACCAGAAUACAAAGAGAAUUGGUUUCUCUUAACGUUAAGAUUUAUUGGGAUCCUCUUUCCUUGUCUCGUAGAUCAUCUCAUCCCAAAUUAUAUCAACUCUACAAGGUUGGCCUCGGAUGACUUAUUUGAAUAUUAUUCUGCAAAGUUGGCAUCCAAAGAGACUACUGUUACUACUUCUAGUAAGUAG